AUGGGGACUUCACUUCCCAAAGGGGUCCACACUUUUAAAUUCAGGCUCAAACUCCCAGAGGGGAGCAUGCCUUCAUCCUUCAAGGGGGAAAAUGGAAAAAUUGUGUACAUGUUUGAAGCAAAGAUAUCCAGGAUCUUGUGGUGGUCUUCUAAAGUUAAAAGAGAGAUCAACUUCAUUUCCAAGACAUUUCAGCAGUUUUGGGAAGGGAUGCAUCCACAAUCUGGUACAGUGAGUAAAAACAUAGGUGGGCUCUCCCGGGGACGGGUCCAAAUGUCUGCUACCAUUGAGAGGAAUGUUUGCACUCCAGGUGAAACUUUAUCUAUUGUUGCCAAAAUCUGCAACUCCUCUUCAAAGAACAUGAGGCCCAAAUUCAAGCUUGAACAAAAUACAGUGUACCGCAGCAAGUACCACACUAAGAACUCACCGAUAAUUCUGUUCAAAGAGGUCGGGGCCACUAUCAGGCAAUACUCAGAGCAAACUGUCUCCUGCCAGUUGAAGAUUCCUGAUGAUGCCAUCUCCACUAUCCAUAACUGUGAAAUCAUCUCAGUUGAAUAUUACGUAAAGGUGUAUCUGGACAUUAGCUUUGCCGUUGACCCAGAAGUGGUGCUUUCACUGGUCAUCGUUCCUUCCAGAUUUGCAGCCAUUCAGCCUGGAACGCCGCAGGACGUGACAAAACGUCGGGAUGUUACGCCUCGGGAGUGA